CCUCAGAGACUAACAAAUUUAUUUGGGCAUAAGCUUUCGUGGGCUAAACCCACUUCAUUAGAUGUAUGCAGUGGAAGAUACAGUAGGAAGAUUGUGUGUGUGUGUGUGUAUAUAUAUAUAUAUAUACACACACACACAGAGAGAGAGAACAUGAAAAGAUGGGGGUUGACAUACCAAUUUUAAGAGACUAAAUCAAUUAAGGUGGGCUAUUAUCAGCAGGAGAAAAAAAAAACUUUUGCAGUCAUAAUCAGGAUGGCCCAUUUCCAACAGUUGAGGAGAAGGUGUGAGUAACAGUAGGGGACAACGUAGCAUGGGGAAAUAGUUUUCAGUUUGUGUAAUGACCCAGCCACUCCCAGUCUUUAUUCAAGCCGCAUUUGAUGGUGUCCAGCCUGCAAAUUAAUUCCAGUUCUGCAGCCUCCCCCUGGAGCCUGGUUUUGAAGGUUUUGUUGUUGAAGAGUUGCCUGGUGCCGGUCUCUUACUGAGCGACCAGCGAGGGCGACGUGUUCUCCCCCUGGUUUGCGAGCGUUAUGCUUCCCGAUGCCCGAUCGGUGCCCGCUGCGGCCCAGGAUUUCCAAUCCUCGAACAUCCUGUGAUCUCCUGGAUGGAGCAAGAGGAAGAGCCGUGCAUCCUGGAUCUCCAGGGCUCCGAAGAAAGGGAGACCCAGAGAGAGACACACACAGCAGGUGACAGGGCGGCAAGUGAGGAUGAGGAGACUCCUCAGCAGGAAGUGGAGCCGUGUGGGACAGUCCCGGGGCUUGUUCCAGCCUGCCAGAGCCAGGGUGGACCAGGGAGGCUGCGUGUGAACCCUCCGAAGAUGAGGCGUCGCCGGUCUGCGCACCGUGAGAGGGGCUUCAUCAACCUGCUGGGCAUUCUGGAGCCCCGGCGCCCAGCAGACAAGCCCUACCGGUGCACGGAGUGCGAGAAGAGCUUCAGCCAGAGCUCGAAUCUCAUCGAGCACCAGCGGAUCCACACGGGCGAGCGCCCCUUCACCUGCAGCGAGUGCGAGAAGAGCUUCAGCCGCAGCUCCACCCUCAUUGAGCACCAGCGCACCCACACGGGCGAGAAGCCCUACACCUGCCCGGAGUGUCAGCGGAGCUUCAGCCGCAGCUCCACCCUGACCGAGCACCAGCGCACCCACACCGGGGAGACCCCUUUCCACUGCCCCGAGUGCGGCAAGCGCUUCAGCCGCACCUCCAACCUGGUGAAGCACCUGCGCACCCACACGGGCGAGAAACCCUACGGCUGCCGGGAGUGCGGCAAGCGCUUCAGCCUCAGCUCCAACCUCAUCAAGCACGAGCGCACCCACACCGGGGAGAAGCCCUUCGCCUGCGGGGAGUGCGGCAAGCGCUUCAAGAAGAAGACCCACCUGGUGUCCCACCACCGCACCCACACCGGGGAGCGGCCCUACGAGUGCACGGAGUGCGGCAAGCGCUUCAGCCAGAGCUCCACCCUCAUCGAGCACCAGCGCAUCCACACCGGCGAGAAGCCUUUCCGCUGCCCCGACUGCGGGAAGUGCUUCUGCGUCAGCUCCAACCUCAUCAAGCAUCAGCGCAUCCACACUGGGGAGAAGCCCUAUGGCUGCAGCGCCUGUGGGAAGAGCUUCCGCUACAACUCGGUGCUGAUCGAGCACAUGCGGAUCCACACGGGCGAGCGCCCCUUCGUCUGCGGCCAGUGUGGCAAGCGCUUCAGCCAGAGCUCCACGCUGCUGGGCCACCAGCGCACCCACACGGGCGAGAAGCCCUUCACCUGCCCGGAGUGUCAGCGGAGCUUCAGCCGCAGCUCCGCCCUGACCGAGCACCAGCGCACCCACACCGGGGAGACCCCUUUCCACUGCCCCGAGUGCGGCAAGCGCUUCAGCCGCACCUCCAACCUGGUGAAGCACCUGCGCACCCACACGGGCGAGAAACCCUACGGCUGCCGGGAGUGCGGCAAGCGCUUCAGCCUCAGCUCCAACCUCAUCAAGCACGAGCGCACCCACACCGGGGAGAAGCCCUUCGCCUGCGGGGAGUGCGGCAAGCGCUUCAAGAAGAAGACCCACCUGGUGUCCCACCACCGCACCCACACCGGGGAGCGGCCCUACGAGUGCACGGAGUGCGGCAAGCGCUUCAGCCAGAGCUCCACCCUCAUCGAGCACCAGCGCAUCCACACCGGCGAGAAGCCUUUCCGCUGCCCCGACUGCGGGCGCGGCUUCUACGUCAACUCCAAGCUGGUCAAACACCGGCGCAUCCACACUGGGGAGAAGCCCUAUGGCUGCAGCGCCUGUGGGAAGAGCUUCCGCUACAAGCAGCAGUUCACCCGCCACCAGCAGCUGCACCAGGGGGAGGAGCCUGUGGCUGUCCUGACCCUGGGUGGGGUCAACGUCCUCCUGACUUAGAGUACGGGAAUUCCUCGGGCCUCCUGUCUUGGAGCACGGGAAUUCCUCCUCUUGAUUUCCUGCAGCUCCGGGAGUGGGAUCUGGGGCAGGGAGGCUGAGAGUCAGGACUGCCGGGUUCAAUCCAUGGCUCUGGAAGGGGAGUGGAAUUUAGUGGUUAGAGCAGGUGGGGGCAGGACUCCUGGGUUCUCUUCCUGGAUCUGGGAGGGGAUUGAGUUCUGGGGGUAGGGCAGGUGGGCUGGUAUACAGGACUCGGAUUCUACCCAGAGCUCUUGGGGGGGGGGGUCUGGUGGGUUAGCGCAGGGUGGCCAAGAGUCAGCACUAAUGAGUUCCGUUCCCAGCUGUGGUUGUGUAUUUGGGAAUUUGUUGGGAAAGAGGUUGCGAGUAGCUGAAAACUGAUGUUAUGGUGAGCCUUGGUUUAAGCUACCAGGACAUCACCAGAGCUAACCUCCAGGUUAGUGGUUCCAAUCUAGCUGAGGCAAGAUGCUCCCAGCCUAAGAGAUACUAAUUCAGUGUGUUGGAACCUUUCCCACAGCAAGACUGCCCUGGGAUUCCCCUCCCAUCUAGGGCAUGGUGGUCACACACCUGUUCAUGACUCCCCUGGUUGGGUCAGAGCUCCCAGGCUGGGAGUCUACACACUAGUUAUUGUCACACUAGAUGAAAGAUCUUUAGAGUAGGCUUCACUUUAUACAAUUGAGAACCCUUCCAUUAUAGCGACUAACAGACUGUAGACUCUAAACAGUUCCAAAGGGAGUGUUCUCGGUCUCUUGGCUGUGUUAUAUUGGUUUGUAUGCACUAGUUGUGUGUUUGUGUGUAUUGGUAAAAUACCAACCCUGCACUGAUAGGGUGCUAAGGUUGAGACGUAUAAAUAGUUGCAGGGAGGUCGGGGGCGGGGGGGAAUUAAAGUCUAAACUUCCCUCCUCAGUAUUAACCUCAUUGCACCAAGUCAUUGUAACAGGGUCCAUCCAUUGCAGCAGAUGAGAGGAGGAGCGUAUCUCCAUUGGCAAAUUGACUGCAGUAGCUCCCUGUGUGGGUUCUCUGUUCUGAGAGAAGAGGGAUUUGAUACUAGAGAAAGUGGUCCACUUCAGAAGCUCACUAAUUAUUCCAGAAUAGAGUGGCCAUGUGGGGAUCUUAUUCCACAUAGAUUCUGGUCAGUUUCCCCAUAUAGACAAGCCUUAAAAGGAGGAUUGGGAGCCAGUAUUCCUGGUGUCUCUUCUCCUCUAAGGGUGGAGUGUGUGGUCUAGUUAGAGCAGAGAGGACUGGGAGUCAGGACACCUGGGUUCUAUUGCUAUCUCUCCUGCUGACCAUUAGGGGACAAGUAAUUUCCUCGCUCUCAGUUUCCCCACUCUUAAAUAGGGUGAUAACACUACUGACCUGAGUUUUUAUUAGUUAAUAUUUAUAAGCACGAUAGAAGUAUUAGUACUGUAAAUAGACCUACCACUAGAGGGCAUUCAGUACACUAUAUGGAUGAAUUAUGAUGUUAUUUAGGGUCAAUAGACAGUGACUCAAAUUACUACCUCCUUGCAUCUGAGGCUAUGAUGGAAAAAAGAUGCACAUCCCUAGUGUUACGUACAGUCCGGUGUUGUCUGGCCGAGUGCUAUGCUCAAGUGGGCCAUUGUCCAGUGGUCACAUAGUAAGGGAUCAUAUUGUUUAUUCUAGGAAUACUGGGCUAUAGCCUUGGAUCAUCCUAAUUCUGUUUUGUGAAUUUCAGCCUUGUGGGUUUUAGUUUUGUGAAUUUAAAUGUAAUCCAAACAGAUGUUCUCGUUAUUGGCCAAACUAUACCCAUAGCUGUUGGCAACACAAAUCAAAGGCCUAAAGACUAUGCUUACGGUAAUAUAAAAGAUUCACUGUAGCUAGUUCUGAUAUACUGUUUGCUGGUCCAUGGAUAGAAGCCAACAAUUUUAUACACGUACUUGAGUCAUUAUGUUGGAAUAAAGUUUUAUUGUGUCCUGUCCUAGAUUCUCUCCUCCCUAUCUGUGAUUGUCUUGUGUUGACUGUACUCCUGAUUAACUGAUAACGUUUUCAUUGACGUAAAACCUCAAUAAAUCAUAUAUAUUUCAAAAUC